CCGUGGAUGGAAUGGUCGACAUUAGAGAAAGCAUCUGAGUCCUGGAUGACUAUAACAAAGCUAGAGCGCAGUGUGUUAUUGAUCACGAGCCGGUUGAUUUAUUUUGGUAAUGUAAGUGCAGAUGGUGAUGGACACGCGCUCUGUAGCACUGCUGUCCUGUGUGAUCGAUAAUUGAGCAUAAUAGCAGACUGGGUAACGGAACCGGACUUUAUCUAACCGCUUUGGAGUCGCAGUCUUACACGCAUCCGCCUCGAGGGGACUAACCAAAAACUGUCAGUUUUACGCGAAUUAAAGCGGUAGCGCGCGACGACGGGAGAUAUAACAGCGUGUUGGAGAGCAAAAGCCGGAAUAAGCAUAACAGCGGUCGCAUCUUUGACCUCCGGAGUAAGCUCGGCUUCAACAACAGAUUUAUUCACCUCAAAGACACUGCAAAUACAGAACAGAAAUCAUGUCAUUGCAUAAAUCAUGCAUCCGCUCUUCGUUAUUUGUUUCGACGGGGACAAGAGGGUCGACAGGCCGCUGACCGUCACGGGAUGGAUGGUCGCAUGCGUUAGUGGUGAUGAUGAUGAUGGGAUACAGGUUCCAUCCUUUGUUUUGGACAACAAACUGGAAAGGGAAGCAGGACAGCAGCACUGCUGGGGGAAGUUUUGAACACAAUAUUACUGGAGUUCACCUGCCAGAGAUCAUGUUGUCCAUCAUAGUAGCAGGGUCUGUGUUUUUCCCAGGCCUUUUCCUGUUGUCCAAGCAGUGUCUCAAAUCUGUUCCUGGGCUGAGGUGGAACGAGGGGGAUGCAGUCAUUGUUUCAGCCCGGUUGGUGUCGUCCAUUCAAGCUAUUAUGGCGUCUACAGCUGGUUACAUCAUCUCCACAUCCUGUGAGGACAUCAUUGAAGACCAGCAUUGGUUGACCAGCUCAUACAUCCUUUUUGCUGUGCCAUACUUUGUGUAUGAUAUCUACGCAAUGUUCCUGUGUUACUGGUACAAGCUCCAGGUCAAAGGUCAUGAGGUGGACAACGGGUCCAAAUCCAAGGUUAUGGCAGUGUCUGGCUAUCUCCACCGAGAGUUCCUCAUGGUCUUACAUCAUGUCGUCAUGGUCACCAUGUGCUUCCCCAUCUCUGUGUUCUGGAGGCAGGGAAAGGGUGAUUACUUCCAGGGUGUCAUGUUCCUGGCUGAACUCAGCACACCGUCUGUCUGUCUAGGCAAAAUUCUCAUCCAGUACAAGCAACAGCACACACUUCUUCACAAAGUGAAUGGAGCUGUUAUGCUGAUCACUUUCUUCCUCUGUCGAGUCCUUCUCUUCCCCUAUCUCUACUACGUUUAUGGAAGGUAUGCAUCUAUCCCUUUCUACCGUGUUCCUUUUGCGGUGCCCUGGCAGUGUAAUCUCGGAGCGGCGCUCCUAAUGGCACCGCAGCUCUACUGGUUCUACCUAAUCUGCAGGGGGGCGCUGCGCCUGUUCACCGGCAGGUCCUCACGGUCCCGCAGACCGACAACUCCAGUGAAGCCCGAUUUCGAAGGACAUGUGUUGUUGCCUCAGCAAUCCAAUGGAUACAGUGCACAAAUGGUGGGUCGGGACGUGCCCACAAUGUCACACUGAAGGGAGGAGCUAAUGUGAACAAGGCUAAGCUUAAGAAAGACAGUAUGCAAAAGAGGAAUGGAUGAAUGCAAUGGUGAAGCAGAAGAGGAAGGGCAGGGUGGCAAGGUUAUAGUGCACAGAAGGAUUAAAGAGGUACUGAAAUAGACUACAUGAACUGAUGCCCUGUACCACAUUACAGCACAGCAUUAUGUUUAGUUACAGGGCUUGUGCGCUGUAUAUAAGACUCACUUUAGUAGAUAAAGAGAAGCUAUGCUUACAAAAAAAUCUAAAAUGGAAGUGUCUACACAAUAGUCAGACUUGUGUCCAAUACACAUGUUUGAGGCAAUAAGUGCAAAUUUUCUGAGAGGAUAUUUCUGAAGCAAGAGAAGCACUUUUUGUUUGAGGCACUUUGGUUAAGGAAUGUCAAAACUGGGGGCUGAGGUCUGUUCUUUGCAUAGAUUACUUCAGUGUUGCGAAUAUAUUGUUCAUAGAGACGCCCUAAAUUACUUACUGUACAAUUGAUAUUUAGCACUGGUGUACAAUGAGCAACCCAUAGCAUCAGGCAAUAUCAAGCUUUACUGUCUCUACAGUAUAGAACAAGCUGGUUUAGUUGAAGGAAUAAUUCUCCCAUGAAUACAAAUUCUGUCAUCUUUUACUCACCCUCAUGUUGUUCCACACCUGUGUGCUGUUAUUUUUGCUGUGGAAAACACAAGUACAAUUUUUUUUCUCCCAAUUUUUGGAAUGUCCUAUUCCCAAUGUGCACACUAAGUCUUCGUGAUGGCGCAGUGAUUCGCCUCAGUCCGAGUGGCAGAGGACGGAUUCCAGUGGCCUCCACGUCUGAGACAGUCUACUCGCACAUCUUAUCACGUUGCUCGCUGGGCGCACCCCGCGGAGGCACAGCGCUUUGGAGGCUUCACGCUACUCGCCGCGGCAACCACGGACAACUCACCACGCAUCCCACCUAGAUCGAACCACCUUACAGCGAUCACGAGGAGGUUACCCCAUGUGACUCUACCCUCCCUAGCAACCAGGCCAAUUUGUUUGCCUAGGAGACCCAGCUGGAGUCACUCAGUGCGCCCUGGGAUUCGAACCAGCAAACUCCUGGGGUGGUAGCCAAAAGUAACAUUUUUGAAGAAUCGUCACACAGCUUUUUCCAUAAAACAACAUGUUUUAUGAAAGUGUAUUGUGACCAAGAUUGUCAAGCUCUAAAAACGGUAACAGAUGGCAUGAAAGCACCAUAAACGUAGUCCAUAAGACUAUUCUACAAGUCAUCCUCUAGCAUUGCUUGAGAAACAGACUGAAAUGUAAGUAAAUUAUUUAUUGAAAAUCUUCCCCUCUGCUGCAGCUAUCAAAUCUCAUUCUCCAUUCAGCAUAUUCAAACUGGCAUAUCAUGCUUGGUUACUACUAAAACUGUUGAUUUAAUGCAUUCAUUCGGUGCUAUUAAUUUAAUAAGAAAUAGCGCGUAAAACCAUGAUGCGAUUUUUCAUGUCCCUGGACCAUAAAAAGGAAUAUUCCUACCACUGGAGACACUCAAGCUUGAAGUACCGCCAGUUUUCAGCAGGGGGCAGUUAGUGAAACUCCAGCUGUUUUGUCAAUGCACAGCUGUACAGAGCAAACCACAUUCUGGCUUGCGUGACACUAGUGACAGCACAAGAUGACAACGCAUUCAUGUGUUCAAACACAGCUGGACGGAGCGCAAUUUGGAAUGCAGGGAUCUCAAGACGUGUUUUUCAAACUACGUUUAACACAGCGACCUGAAACUGCUUUGUUUAUGACGUGAUGCAAACAAAGUGAGAUGCUCCAAAAGUGUCCAUCUGAUGCUGGUGUACAUUGAAAGUGCCCUUAAAUCAUAAAUCUAUGGAUUGCUGUGAACUGUUGGCCAAGCGAUUGGCUUAUGUUCAAUAAUAUGGAAAUAAACAAUAUACUGCCCUCUAAAGACUCUUUUGUAUUGUUAUCAAUGCUUUACUGAUGCAGUAAUGUAUUUUAAUAAUAUGCAUUAUUGUAUUUAUAAUAUAUAUGUUAUACUUAUAAUUAUUGAAAUUGUUUAAUCAUUAAAUAUUUAAUUAUUGUAAUUUGAUAGGCUUUCUCUGCAAAUAUUUAUAUAUGCAAUUAAUUUGAAUCCAAUACAAUUUUUGUCAAAUUCCACGAAUAUCUCUUCAUGGUCCACUAGCUGUCCAUUUGUACACAGCCCUGCCUAUGUAAAUGGGAAAAUAAACAAAGUGGAUCGGACUGAUCCACACAACACUACUGCACGUGCAUGAAUUGGGGGGCGGAGCUUCUGAAGGAGCCCUGAAGGGAGGGGUGUGGUUGUUUGGCUGUUGAGUUCAAACAUCAACAGUCUUUCUCAGGAAUCGCUUACACCACCUUUAAUUCGAUAAAUAAAUCAGCAUGUCAUGUAAUCAGUUUGCUAAAAAACAUGAAUCGAUUGACAGCCCUAGUUACAACACAAGUGAGAACCAAUGGCAUUUGCCAUCUUUAAUGUCAAACCUGGCGUGAUGCGUCAACACUCUGAAAAAACUGAACGUAAAUGCAAAUUAUAUUUCAGAGCUUUGGUGGAUUUGCUGGACAGUCCUUGAAUGGAGUGCUGCGUGAAGAUCCUUAAAAAAAAUGAUUUUUGUUUUUCACUGAAAAUAACAGAAUACAGGGUUGGAAUGACAGGAGGGUGAGUAAAUGAUGACAGAAUUUUCAUUUUAGGGUGGGAAUUAUCCCUUGUUGAAGUUGAAAGACCUCUCCUUCAGUUUAACAAAGCUGAUCCACUAAAGACUUCUCUGGAUCAAAUAAAAGAAACAUCAGUAAAAUGUAAUUAAACCCUGGCUGUCUGAGAAAGAGGCAGGUCAGGGUUUGGGAAUGUAUUAUUUUGUACAUGCUAGUACGUUAUUUAUACCUGGUUAAAGCAUUCAUGGAAAGUAGUUACCUUGAAAGAAAUCCACUAUAAAUCUGUUUAACAUUUACAGUUAGCUUUACGAUGUCUAUGAUAUAUAACCUGAGAUCUGAGCCCAGAGAACCCUGCAUAUACGUUUUAAAGGGACAUGACCAAAUACCUUUUAAGCUGCCUUAUCCCUAUGGAAACUUUUUUCUUUAUGUUAUACAUUUUUACUUUUGGCCAGAGAUGGGUUUCCUUCACUUAAAUAUGAUGCAAGUUGUAACUGUAUCAAAUAGUUGUAACACAUAGCCAAUGUGAAAUUGAUUUGCACUUUAUUCAUUUGUUGUUGUUUUUUCAUCUUUGAAACCAUUUUGUUUGCCUCACUGUUAUAUAUGUUCCUAUUCAUUAUUUAUUGAGGUUUGUUGGAACAUAUUGACUAUGUUUUUAAUUACUGGUGGCCAUUUAGCCUGUCAGCCUCGGUUUUUGUUUGUAAGUGGGUCACUCAAACGAUGUAAUCUCCAUUUAGUCAGAAUUAAUUUGGAAAUGAUUUUGGCCCAGUUUGUUUCAUUCCAUAAAACCGCUUUCAAAUGCUUGCAAGUUCAACUGUACAACUUAUGGAACAGGAAUGAAUAACAUUACGAAGAAUCUGCCACAAGGCCUGUUUUGAAGCUUACUUAAAAUGACUGUAUGCUGAUUUGAAAAUGAUAUAACUAAAAAUCAUACAGGUGCAACAUGUCUAUUGUGCUGAAUCGGGUAUAUGACUUUGCAUGUGUAUAUUCCAACUUUGUCCCUUGUGAACCCUCUUUAAUGUACCAGUACCACAUGCUCAGAUGCUGAGCAGAACUCCAAACUAUUUAAUCCUAGUAAACUGCAACGAGAGCUUUUGAUGGUUUUAUUUGAAAGCAUAUAUGUUUUAGUUGGUUCAAAUUUGUUCUUUUGUUUUACACAUGUAAACCUGUUUAACAAGUUCCCUGUUAACAUUACUACAAAAUGAAAGCACUGUUGUAAUUCAAUCUCAAUGCAAAAAAUAUAUA